GUGUGUGUGUGUGUGUGUGUGUGUGUGUGUGUGUGUGCGCGUGUGGUGUUUGGCCAGGUGCCUACCCUACUUGAGUGUGCGCUGCACUGAAGGCAGAUAUUUAUUGAUUCAGUGUGACCAUGUCAGAGGGCUUCUUACAUGAGGAGCCAUUCAGGUAGAGCUUCCAUUUGCACCUAAGCCACGAUAACUACACUACUACUACUACCACUACCACUACUACUACUGCCAAUACCAACACCACUACCAACACAGCUACAGCUACUAUUCAUUAAACAGCAACACAGGACGGCUCAGGAGAGAAGAAGAAGGACAUUCGGCGAGGAGUGUUUACUACAUGGCAGUGCCCUCCCUACCCAUGGAAAGGAUCUCGCCAGAACUCCGAAGGUGAGGAGAGAGGAACGUUGCGAGGCGAGACCGUCCCUGUCAAGCGGAGCGCCAUGGGGUUGUGGAACCGCACGGAUGCUCCCAUCCAGCCCAACUGCACGCUGGACACCAGCUACCGCUUCACCUACUACCAGGUGUCCUACAGCGUGAUCUUUGUGCUGGGCCUGGCGAGCAACGCUCUGGCUUUCCGCCGCCUGUGGCUCUCCCCCCGCGCCCUCACCAGCACCACGGUCUACAUGACCAACCUGGCCGUGGCCGACCUCUUCUUCGUCGUGUCUCUGCCUCUACGCAUCUACUACUACCACUACAAGGCCACUCACUCCUCCUCAUCAUCAUCAUCCUCCUCCUCAGAGGUGGACUCUGCCCCUGACUGGUACCCUGGGGGCAUCUUCUGCCAGCUGACGUUCACGCUGAAGUACAUCAGCCUAUACGGGGGAAUCUUCUUCCUGGUGUGCAUUGGCGUGGACCGCUACUUCGCCGUGGUGCACCCUCUGGCGCAGCAGCUGCGCCGCGUGGGCACGGCGCGCCUCAUCAGCGUGGGCAUCUGGUGCCUGGUGCUGGCGCUUAGCCUGGCACUGCCCCUGCUGCGCUCCGCCGCCGCCCAGCACCACCAGCCCUGUCUGCUGGACCCGUCCUCGCGCCAGAACCGGGCCUUCAUCCUGGCGGCGCUGGUGCUGGUCCAGGCUGCGUUCCAGAUGCCGGCGCUGCUGCUGCUCUUCAGCUACUGCAGCGUGCUGCGCGUGCUCCGGCGGCAACCGCGGCGACGCAGCCGCAAGACGUCCCGCCGCGGCCACCACCACGCCGGCACACGGCAGCACCACAAUCGGCAUCGCCACACCCUCACCGUCAUCUACUGGGUGCUGGGGGUGUUCCUGCUCUGCUUCACACCCUACCACCUCAACCUGCUUGGCUACACACUCACCCACAUGGGCCUGCUGCAGAGCUGCCUGCUGGCCAAGGCCACCAAGGCCCUGCACCCCGUGGUGCUCUCGCUGGCCAGCGCCAACUGCUGCUUCAACCCCCUCAUCUACUACGUGUCCAGCGGCCUGGCGCACAGGGACACGGCCAGCAGCGGGGGCAGCGCCAGCCUGUGAAGGCCCACACACAUCUCCGCUAAUGAGGGCGUCCGCUUGUCUACAGCAAUGAGAUCAUCUGCUAG